UAUUAUUCGCAUAUAAUAUGAAUUCUGAAAUUCAAAACUAUGCGCUAUAAACAAGUAAAAUAUGCAAUUAAAAUUAUUUUCCUAAUGCUCAAUUGCUGGUACAAAAAUAAAUAACACAUUGUAGCAGAUUUAUUACAUGAUUGCAUUAUUUUAUAUUUUUUCUAUAAUCACUAUGUGUAAACACCUCAUAACUGUGUAAAACAUUUAAUGUAAAGUUUAGUCUGGCAAUGCUUUCAUAUUUUGACAGUUUGUUAUUGUAACUAUGUUUGUCCUUGUCUUGCAUAUUGCCAAACGUUGUAAGAAAACGCUAUAAAAGCAGAGACUUUGCUUAAGCUCGUUCAUUUGUGUUCUGGCGAUCAGAAGUAAGCAGACUUGCGUGAAGUGCAACGUGUCAAUGCACAUUAAACAGGUAAACAAAACAGUGAAAUUUUGAAAGACACGUCGUUAAAACCACAACGAAGUGUUGUUUGUUACAAUUGACGCCCAACAUAGUCGGCAAUUUUUUUUUGAGGCGAAGUUCCAGACUGCAAAGCAACAUGGCGAUAUCGUUGACUUACGAACAACUCGAGCGUUUGAUGCGUGCAGUACCCACUAACAACGACCGUGUAGGAAUUUUUUCCACGUGCAGUGCCCGCUAUAAUGGCGAGCGUAAUCCAAUUAAAAUCGAGGAGUUUAUUGCCGCAAUUUCAACAUUUAAAAUUGUGGAAAAAAUCAGCGAUGCCGACGCAAUCAACGAAAUGCCAACGCUGCUCGAAGGUGAUGCUGCUGAGUGGUGGCGUGGCAUAAAGGAUCAUGUUACUGAUUUUAUAGAUGUGCUACGUAAGCUGCGCAAAUGUUUUUCACCCCCAAGACCUGCAUGGAAAAUUUAUGCUGAGAUCUUUGAGCUGAAGCAACAAAAGAACGAACCUACGGAUACCUUCAUUCGGAAGAAGCGAGCGCUUUUUUCGCAGCUGGAGAAAGCUCCUGCCGAAGCAGAGCAACUAGAUAUGCUGUUUGGAAUGUUACACGCACAGGUCCGGGAAAGAGUAGACCGAGAAAAAGUUACGUGCUAUGAAGAAUUGCUCAAUGAAGCUCGGGAAACUGAACAUUUUUUAAGCGAGCUUAAGAGUGCUAAUGGUGAAAGUUCAAUACAGGGUGAAAGUGUCGGAGUUGCGUUACGAUGUAAUUUCUGUCGCAAGACGGGCCACACGGCAGAAAACUGUUUUAAAAAGCUAACGGCCGAUGCAGCAGCUCAGUCUGAGGCAGUUGCACGAGCAGUGGUUGCUGAGCCUAAAUUCGCUUGCUACGGAUGCAACACGCCUGGCGUUACUCGCGCAAAUUGUUCCACAUGUCGAAACGUAAAAAAGCCUUCCCAUGGUUUCGUUUAUUUCAACUCGCUGACUACCUAUGGGAUCGGAAGAGAUAUGCCUGUGGUUGAAAUUCAGAUUUUCGACAUGCCCGUUCAAGCAUUUUUUGACUCUGGAGCAUGUGCAAGCUUAGCAAGUGCUAAUCUAAAAGCGGUAAUGGAUUUAAAAGGAUGCAAGUACCGAGAAGCCAGAUGUGCAUUCGCUUUAGCUGAUGGGAGCUCGUCAAUCCAAAACUGUUUGUCUACUGUGUGCAAAAUUAAAAUUGGUGGCCGUAGUCUUAACGCAGAGUUUAUUGUGUUUCCUGAUGCAAAAACUAGCCGCACUUUGAUUGGUACCGAUUUUCUGGAACAAGCUGGCAUAGUCCUCAACAUGGGUCAAAGGAACUGGCAUUUUGAAAGUGAUCCAACGCAACAUUUUGACUUCGCUACUGCUUUACCGCUGAAGCUGAAUUCACUAGAGACUGAGAAAGCGCCAAAAGCGCUGCCAAAGAGACUGCUAGUUGAACAGCUAGAGUGAGAACAAAUGCAAAUAUGCGAAACAUUUUUUAACAGCGCCAGAGCAAAACUAUUUGGCAGCCGCCGCAAGAAAGCCCGGAACCAGUAGAUGUUGACAUGCACUCGAGAGAGUACACGUCAAAGGGAGAGAUUGUAGCAUUUUUAUUAUAUGAUUGCAUUAUUUUAUAUUUUUUCCUAUAAGCACUAUGUGUAAACCUCAUUAUUGUGUAAAACAUUUAAUGUUAAGUUUAGUCUGACAAUGCUUUCAUAUUUUGACAGUUUGCUAUUGUAACUAUGUUUGUCCUUGUCUUGCUUAAUAAAAUAAACUUCAAAAUUGGCAAUA